AUGAGCUCUGGUUCUUCAAGCAAUCUUUCCUUGAAGGAAAGAAUGAUAAGUGCCGGGGUGGGCUCUCUUCUUACAUCAAUGAUUUUAACUCCGAUGGAUGUGGUUAGAAUUCGACUUCAGCAGCAAGAAAUAAUACCUGAUUGCUCAUGUGUUGUUGAUUCACCGAAGAGUAAGCUUAGUGCUCCAGUAGAUGUUAACGGGACUGUAUUUUGGCAAGAUUCCUGUUUUAAGGAUAUAAAUUGUAGGAACUCUUCAGUACGAUACAGUGGAACUAUGGAUGCAUUUAGGAAAAUAAUUCAAACGGAGGGAGUAUCGACUCUAUGGAGAGGAAUAACUGUAACGCUUCUAAUGGCGAUUCCGGCGAAUGUUGUCUAUUUCACGGGGUAUGAAUAUCUCAGGGAUUUAUCACCAUUGAACAAAACUAGUCCUAGUCUUAAUCCGCUUUUCUGCGGUGCUUUUGCUAGGAUAUUUGCAGCAUCCACUGUGGCACCUUUUGAGCUUGUAAAGACUAGAUUACAAAGUAUUCCGAAGUAUGAUAAGUCAACGGCAUCCUGGCACAUAUUCAAAGAUUUGAUGCAAGAGACAAAGAAAGAAAUCUCUUCGGGAGGAUAUAAAGUUUUAUUCAGAGGUCUGGAAAUAACACUUUGGAGAGAUGUUCCUUUCAGUGCUAUCUAUUGGGGAUCAUAUGAAUUCAUUAAGAAACAUUUUUGGGGAGUUAGAGAUGAUUUAUUAUAUAUCGAAAAUCAAUCUAAUUGGAACCAUUUUGUUAAUAGUUUUUUAAGUGGAUGCAUCAGCGGUGCAACAGCAGCUAUUUUCACACACCCAUUUGAUGUUGGAAAGACAAGAUGGCAAAUAUCAGUGAUGUCAAAUAAUGAAAAAUCUACUUUACCUGUUAGGAAUUCUAAUGAUUUGGGUAAAAAUAUGUUUAAAUCCUUGAAUUUAAUACGACAGAACGAAGGAAUUGGUGCACUCUAUACUGGUCUCUUUGCGAGGAUUGCGAAGAUAGCACCAAGUUGUGCAAUUAUGAUAUCCAGCUAUGAGAUAUCCAAAAGAUUAUUCAGUUCAUAA